AUGGUCAACCACGUCCCUGACACGUCCUACGGUCCGCGAUCAUGGACUCUCGGCGGUGGCGGCGGUGGCGGCGGUGGGCCUUCGGACUCGGUGUCGUCGACGUCAGCUGCAGCGUCUCCGACGUCCCCGACCGCGGGUGGACCUUCGAGCUUUGUAGCCUCGACGCCGACGUCGAAUGGGCAUCUCGGGAGGAGUGCUGGGCCUUCUGGAGGCAAGGGUAAGAUGAGGGCUAAAGAGGCGUAUGGGUAAGGGUCAUCCGUGUUGCACUCUCGAGGUCGUCACCGGUCACCGCUGUGCAUGAAGCGUGUGGGGGCCGCCAAGUCGCCUCAGCUGCCAGCAACUUCGAGACCGACCUUCGGGAUUUGGUGUGGACAUGAUCGACGCCCUGCAUUUGGAGGCGACGAACCUUACAACUCUCUCACCGAGAUGAGCUUGUAGCUAAAGCACACAGCACACUGCAACAUGUCUUGCUCCGUGCGAUCGAGCUCCGUGGCGACGUCAUACUCGACGAAUAGCUUCGAGUCCGCUUCAACGACCAAGAUGUCAAGUUGCUGACCCGACUACACCUUCCUCAGAUCGGUUCCGAUACAACAUCUACCUACCGAACUACUGUCCCACGUUUUCGCCCACCUUUCACCGUCAUCCCUCAAUGCGGCACAGCUCGUCUGUCGAAGGUGGAACGAGGUUAUUUCGGACGAAGCGAGCUGGAGGGUGGGUCGAUGCAACGCAAUCCGAAAUUCUCCCGAAUGCGUUCGUUCUGAUCAAUCGCUUGUUUUGAACACAGAGCGCCUUUGAAACGUACUAUGGGCUCGUAGCGCCGAAUGGAUCGGUCUCGCUGGGUCGCCGGAUCGAACCGACGUCAUGGAAGGCAGAGUACCGCAGUCGGGUCUUGUUACUGCAGUGAGCUGACAGGAGACUAGAUCUAGUCCGUUUCUCGGCGACUAAAAUACUUCUUCAUGGACAUCUAACAGUCGAUGGAGCAAGUCUCGUACUCCAGCUCUGACCCACAACCCUAACAUCGGGCCCUUAUCAUCGAUGCACAUCAAUCUGCCCUUCUCGCAGGGGGCUGCCACAGGUUCAUCCUCACCUCGCACACCGCACGCGGUUCUGUCGCCGGUAUUGCUCUCCUUGUCCGAGCAGCUCGGUUCGGCCGCUCAUUCGAUCCCUUUCACUGGCAAGGUGACCCGAGGAACCAUGCACGCCACGCCCAUGGACAACCUAGGUCGCCCGUUCGGCUUUGCGCCAAUCCCGGUCACAAGCUCGGUCAUUUCACUCGAUGGGACGCGGAUAGUGUUUGGUAUGGCGGAUGGAACGAUCCGAAUCGUCAGCUGUGGAGCGACUGGCCGAGGUGUAGUAGCCGGUGUGGGAGAGCGAGGUGAAGUGAGAGCCAUCGACAACGCCCAUCGAGAAGGAACGGAUGUUGUCGCGCUCGCCUUUGGUCGGCCGGGCUCACGGAUUCGAGCCGAUGUGUUCGUUUCGGUGGGACAGGAUGGGUUAGUCGCCGUCUGGCAAGUGAGCUCGAACUCAAAUGCGAGGGAUCGGAUGGCACCCGCGAUCAAAAUCUGGUCCACUCGCGUCGACGCGGCGAUUCGAGCGACCGUUGUCAACGAUGCACGACUCGGAUCUGAACCUCCCAAGGUGACUGCAGUGGCAUUCGAUCCCAGUUGGAGCGGUAAGCAGUCUCGUCUAGCCGCGAUCGCUCUAGGCCUGAGCACUGGCGCCGUGCUGUGUUGGACCCAGAUCGACCUUGAGACCCGGCCCGUGCAAGAAUCAGCCGAGACUUUCUCCUUCCACGAGCUUGAUUCGCGCACUACAGACCCCAUCGAUGUCCUCCAUUUCGAUCACUCUUCACUGCAUGAUUCGCAUCGAUUGUUGGUCCAUGCAGCAGGUCAAUCCGAGUUCUUGAAGUACUCGUUCGAUGCCGCACCAUCUCCACCUGCGCGCGUAGUCUUUACGCAUCCGUUCAAGCACCUCGGAAACUUGACGGCGUUCGCAUUCGACUUUGACGAACCUCCCGCUUCUCUGGCGCUGGUUCACUUGACACCAAGAGAAGGCCGCAUCACGGGGUUCACCCCUAACGACCCUUCGACUCCCGUCCAUGAGAACCUCCCGACAUCUUCGAGCAAGGCUUCGCUUGCUUCAUUCGCAGGGUCGACAGCAUCACUGCUUGAGGCUGAGCUCAGUCAUCCCUCAGCGGAUAUCCCGCUAGCGGGGGGCUUGAGCUCUUUCGGUCGACGCAAAUUCGUCGUUGCUGGCGACGCUUCAGGCCGAGUGCACACGUGGGACUGGGACGUCGACUCGACCGAUGCCAAGGUCAACCCUCAUCAAACGACGACGACCUCCGAAUCUCGCGUGACGGCGCUCGAAGUGACCGAGGCGAUGAUCUUUGUCGGAUCACUCGACGGAACGGUCCGCUGUUACGACGCGCUGACGCGUUCGCUGCUGCGAACGUUUAAGGAUCGAACGGCUCCGCGAAUGCCGGCUCGGAUGCUAGCGGCAGGCCAGAUCGAUGCCAACGACGAGGAGCGAUGGAGUGUCUCUCACAUCCGAGCUAAUCGAGAAGCCGUAGUGGCAGCAAUCGGUAAUCGCGUGCUCGCUUGGAGGAUCGCGGCCGAUCUGGGCAAAAAGAGGCUUAAGGGCGUCGCUGGCGUAGGAGGCAAGAUGUCGGCUCGGACGGAACGCUUCAGGUCCGGGAUGGAGCUGAGGUCCGAGAUCAAAGAGUCGAUCGAUUCGCUAUCGAACGAGUCCAUCGAUCGGAUCCAGCGGCUGACGAACGAGCAUCGUAUUGCCGUCAACUUUGGAGUACCGUCUUCAUUGGACAACAUGACCGAGGAUGAAGCGGUCGCUCUUGCCUUGAUGCUCUCGGCGGAGGAAGAGGAGGCGAGGUGGUUUACUGAGUCAGCAACCAGCUCGGCAGUCAACUCGCCGGCUUUUGAGCCCAUUCCGGAAGAGCUUCUCGACAUGGAGGGGAUGUCGCUCGACGAUUCACCAGAAGCGUACUACGAACGACCCAGCCGAUCGUUUGGCAACCGGAGACCGUCAUCGUCUUUGGCGCACGACUGGGACGACAAUGACGAUGACGAUGACGAUGACGACGACGAUGACGACGACGAUGACGACGACGACGACCAGGAUCACUCAUCAAGACCUAGUCUCGGUGCUUCGCGAUCGCUAUCGCUUUCUGUCCCUACUUUUCCCACGCUGCGAGGGUCAUCACUCUCGAAUGGAUCCCCUUCACCUUCAAGUCGCUCGACGUCUUUCACGUGGCGCCCGGCCUCGCACUCACCUCAACACGCGUCGCCUUCCUUCUCGUCCUACCAUCUUUCAUCCACGUCCCCGUAUGCCAAAGUACAGUUGUCGCCUAGGCUUGCACCUACGUAUGGCUCGGCAACAAAUCGAGGCUAUCCUCCCUCUGGACAUGUUCCGGACAUGAGUGCCGAUCUCUGGCCCGUCGCUUCGAGCUCGACAUCCCACUCGCCGACCCCAAGCAGCAAGAGCAACGUUAGCCCGACCCUCAGUCCCGCACCCGCGACUCCAGCGAGUAGCACCACGACGAAACGAGGUUGGAACGUCGUUGCCAGGGCCGGAUCGACGUCCCCCUCUCCUUCUCCCAGUCCUUCACCUCUGCAUCCUUCCACUCGACCCACGAGCUCGCUCUUCGCGGCAAGUCAACAUGGUGGGACUUCAUUGCUGACGCAGCAGUUGAAGGGGUCUACGUUAACCCCCGCGGAUCUGGUUACGGACGAGGCUUUGACGAGGGGUAUCCAACAGAGUCGGGAGGAGGAGAUGAGGAGGAGGGAAGAAGAGGAUCUGAGGUUUGCGAUCGAGUUGAGUAUGGCUGAGGAAGCUUCGAGAAAAUAA